AUGGAUAGUGAUAGAGACGCAACUCAUCUACUUAUGGCAACAGCUGAAGCGUUAGGUCAAAAUGUCGAUAGUUUGAUCAUUAAUCGCUCGUCAAUACAUAGAGAACGUUCAAAACUACGUAAAGAACAGGCUAUAAAUCUUCGUCAAGGGUUUCAAAUUAAUUUGUUUAACACUUCAGUCAUACACUGGGACGGAAAAUUACUUCCUUCGUUAACUUCAAAAAAUCUUGUAGAUCGAUUACCAGUAAUUAUUUCAAGUGGAAAACACGAACAACUACUUGGUGUCCUUAAAUUGUUAGUAGGAACAGGAGAAGAACAGGCUACAAACGUGUAUCAAUUAAUUGAAGAAUGGGGUCUUAAUAAUUCAGUUAUAGCUGUUUGUUGUGACACUACGGCCUCAAAUACUGGUAGAUUAAAAGGAGCGUGUGUAUUAUUAGAACAACGUCUAGAAAAAGAUUUGUUGUAUUUGCUUUGUCGACAUCAUAUUUAUGAACUAGUUUUAAGAAGUGUUUUUGAAGAGAAAUUUGGUUCCACCUCUGGGCCCAACAUACAACUUUUUAAAAAAUUCCAAGACAACUGGAUCAAAAUAGAUACUGUAAAAUUUAAUCCAGGAAUAGAAAAUGAUUAUGUUAGCCUAAUAUUAUGCCAUAAUGUCCAACAACGUGUACUUGAUUUCGCCUUAACUCAUUCUAAAGAAAAACAGUUUAGAGAGGAUUACAGAGAGCUGUUAGAAUUGUCCAUAAUUUUUCUUGGGGGAAUUCCACAUCGCGGUAUAUCAUUUAGAGUUCCUGGAGCAUCUCAUCACGCUCGAUGGAUGUCUAAAGCAAUAUAUUGCUUGAAAAUAUAUAUUUUUAGAAAACAAUUUCAUAUGACCAAAAUACAAGAAAACGCGUGUCGUGAUAGUUGUAUUUUUAUUAUAUCCGUUUACAUUGAAAAAUGGUUUUGUUCACAUGUUGCAAUUGAAGCUCCAUACCAAGAUAUUUUAUUUAUUCAGUGUCUGAUUAAAUAUGAAAAUAUUGAUAAAAAAAUAUCAAAUAUUGCAUUGAAAAAAUUUUGUGGUCAUUUAUGGUAUCUAAAUCCUGAAGCGGCAGCAUUUUCAUUUUUUGAUUCAAAUAUUCCUUUGCCAAUGAAAAUAAAAAUGGUAGAUUCACUUAAAAUUCUUAAAAUUCAAGAUGAAAAUGAAAAUAUUGUUAAACGUUUUAUUAAUCCGAUAAAUAAUUUAACAUUGUUAAAAAGUUCACAAAUUUCUGAUUUCAUCAACAGUUCAUCGAUGAAAUUUUUUGAAAGGUUUAACAUAGAUACAGAUUUUCUUAACCAAAAUCCAGAAGAAUGGUACAAAAAUGUCAACUAUCAAAAAGGAAUAUCUUUACUUAGUCAAGUUAAAGUUGUAAAUGAUGCAGCUGAGAGGGGAGUGAAAUUAAUAAGUGAUUACAAUGACAAAAUUACUAAAGACGAGGAACAAAAACAAUUUUUGAUGCAGACAGUUUAUGACUAUCGGCGUAAGUAUCCUGAUGCGAAACGAAGUACACUUUCAAAAGAAAUUUGA